UACCUCCCCACUCCCAGCGCAUUGCCUUUGCCUCAGUGGGACAGAACAAGCUGGUAAGGCAGAAACUACAACAGCAGCAUCUGUGGAUAGUUGCCCAAGGCAAUAAGGGAGCAAAGAUGCCUCCACUUCUGGCCAAUGACAGUUUAGAUGAAUAUAAUGAAUCCUUUGAAUUACACUAUACACCAACAUCUAUCAGCUCUCUGAUUAUUCUCUCCCUCACCUUCUUGUUGGGCCUUCCUGGAAAUGGCUUGGUAAUCUGGAUAGUCACCCUGAAAAUGCAACGAACAGUGAACACCGUUUGGUUUCUGCAUCUUGCAGUGGCUGACUUUGUGUGCUGCCUGACACUUCCUUUCACUGUUGUUCAGCUCAUCCUCCAUUACCACUGGCCUUUUGGAUGGUUUUUCUGCAAGAUUAUCCCAACAGGCAUUCUUUUGAACAUGUUUGCCAGUGUCUUUCUCCUCACAACCAUCAGUAUUGACAGGUGUCUGGUAGUGAUGAAGCCUGUUUGGUGUCAGAACCAUCGAACAGUAAGACUUGCAUCAGGGGUAUGUGCCAGCAUCUGGUUCCUAGCCUUUGCUAUGUGUUGUCCUGCCUUCUUCUACCGAGAGACUUCUGUGGAUGAAUUUGGCAACAGCAUUUGUGUCUACAAUUGGUACAGUGAGGAGUAUCUGCAGGAUGAAGAGGUGGAUGACCUAGUUUUCAGCAGCGAUCUAUUUUCUAUACAACAUCCCACCUUCAUGGCUACUGGUAUCCCUCAGGAGAGUUUUACUGAUGAAAUUCUGGACAUGUAUCCAAAGGACCAAGUUCUUAGCAUGGCUAAAAAUAACUCAAAAGCUCUACAUUCUAGCAUAUUAAACACAGUUGGCAUCCAUCAAGAUACACUGGUGACAGACAGGACCCACCCUACAUCCAUAUUUAAAUUUUCUCAACCCCAGCUGAAUACUGCCACAACCAGUAUUAAUCCUGGCAGCUAUUCUACAAACAGCAGCAACUUAAUGGAAAAGUACUAUUAUGACUACCCCACUGAGAGUCAACCACCAAGUGUCCUUGUGUCCAUUACCAUCAUUAGAGGCAUCUUUGGUUUCUUCCUCCCUUUUGGAAUCAUGACAACCUGCUAUGCCCUCAUAGCCCACAAGAUGCUCAAAAGCCAGUUUACUAAGAUCCGUGGGAAGGCUCUACUUGUGAUCUUGCUUUUAGUAGCCACUUUUUUUCUCUGUUGGGUUCCUUACCAUAUAAUUGGAGUUCUCUACCUCCUGGCUACUCCAAACACAGAGUUUUAUGAAGAACUGGCUUUGUGGGACCACAUUUCCACAGCAUUGGCUUAUGUCAACAGCUGCACCAACCCACUGCUUUAUGUGUUUGUGGGGAAAAAUUUUCAAGAGAAAGCACGCCAGACAGUGCUGGGGAUCUUUGAAGGGGUUUUCAGUGAGGAGGCCACAUGUUCCACUGCCUGCUCCCAGGACAGAAGCAAGACCAGAUUUGACAAGAACACUGAUGUUUCUGUCCUCUAAAAUAGUUCUUCCACACAACAGAAAUAUUCCUCACUCCUAUUAGUCCUUAAUGUAAAACAGUACAGAUGUUAUUAAUCUAGUUUACAAUCUAUAGCUAUUGUACAUGACCCUGCUUUAAGCUGAUCAUUUCAAAUGUGCCUAUAUUUUAUUGCUUGGCAGAAGUGACCUACAGUAUGUGCGCAUAUAGGUUUAUCUGCACUGUUAUCACCAGUGAUAAAAAGGAGUGUGUAUAUAUAUGUAUAACAUGCUAGAGUAAGUUUUAGUGGUAACAAAUCUUAUACAAGAAACAUUUAAUUUUUAGGGUCAUGUUUUCACUAUAUUGUCAAGGAAGGUACAGACAGUGCUUAGAGAAAGAAGGAAAUGCACCAGGGCUCAGGCCUGAGUCCUGCCAGCUGCUCUGGAAAGAAACCCCAUUCUUUAAUUCUAGUCAUGUUUUCAAUAUGAAGGAAAAUGUACCUACUUUGAGAGGUAUUCCACCUUUUCAUAGACUACAGUAUUGUCUUCAUAGCUUAAUCUUUAACUAAAAAUAAUGGCCAAAGAUGGAAAUAGUGCUACCCGAACAGCAACGAGUUACACAAAGGAGAGUGUUAAUUUUCUAAUGCUACAAGAUGAAGACCAACUGUAUUUAAGAAUUUUCUUCUACUGAUGCCACAAGAUAUGACAUGACAAACUUUAAACCAGACUACAGAACAUAAAAACAGUCCACGGGACUUAUGCAACCACAAGCAUUGUAUAGUUUUAAGUUCAUCUGCAGUGCUAUGGAAGACUCCACUAAAAAUGUGUGUUUCCAAUGUUCCCAUCUUGGGAAUUCACUAUUCACAGAAACACUGUGUGAUCUUGUCUGGUUGCUGUGGGCUCCCUCAGGAGCAAAAAUGGGCGCCUCCAGCCCACCCUUUUGGGGCGGUCUGUCAAGCCCUGUAGAGACAUUUUAUUAAUUUAGUGACAAUUUAUUCUGUUCUUAAUUUUCUGUUUUUCUCACUUGCUCUAAACCUUUGGGAUGAGUGUACUGUGUACUGAUUUAUAAAUUAAACCUCUACA